AUGACGGAUGCACAAAGGAGCAAGAAUGAGGUAGUAGUGUAUGAUGACCAAAUUCAUAACGAAAAACCUUUAUUCAGUCCUGAAGAAUUAGAGGGAAUAGACGUGAUAAAGAAAGGUGAAAACUUCAUAGAAGUUGAUUGCGGAUGUACUAAUAACAAAUAUGGUGAUUCAGCUGGCAAGCUUAGGAUUUACGGUCAUGGUAGACUUGAAAUAUAUUGUGAUUGCUAUCCUGGAUGCAAUGCAGAAAAGAUAAGCCCAAGUGAAUUUGAGAAGCAUGCAGGGUUAAGUGGAGUGAGCAACUGGAAGACUCAUAUAUGGGUGUUUGUUAAUGAAGAAAAAGUGCCACUAAAAAAGACUAACUUGACCAAGUACUAUAAAGGGUCAGCAAGUGAUCUUAGUGUUAGUAUUAGGCCUCGUCGAAGUCGUACUGUUCAUCGUGAUGAGCUUAUGACUUGCACUGCCUGUGGUAAGGACCGCCGCUUCUUGUGUCGAGACAAAGCCGAGUAUAAGGUCUACCACCAAGCUAACCUAGCCACUCAUACUUGGACUUGCUCUGAUUAUCCUUACGAAAUCUUAGGAUGUCAGGAUGAUGAAGAAAGGGGGACGAAAUUAAAGUUCAGGGGAUGUCCCUUAAUGCCAAUAUGCAAAGGUUGCACAUCAUGUGUAUGCUUUGGUUGCGCUAUGUGCCGCUUCGAAGAUUGCGACUGUCGUUCUUGCGUCGAUUUUGUUCAAAACUCUGAGCCUUAG